UACCGUUCGGGAUCAGCCACCCUUUACGACCACCAGAACUCAAAGUUCCAUGCGCGCUUCGAGCGUGUGAAGAUCGAGCUCCACUAUAUGUUGGCGCUCCAGCGAGUCAGUUACACGUGAACCAUCGACCAUGGAAUUUCCAAAAAAUUUUCAUCAAUGGGAAUCGAUGUGCAACUAGUGCUGUGGGAGUGGAGCAAUUAGAAACACAAAAAUGUUGUCCUCCAAUUAUUCCCGGAGAGGUGCAUUAAUUCUUCAACGUUCUCGCUAAUUAAAAUAACAAAUAUGUAUGGAAUGCUGCUGGAGAGCGUCCAGCACUUCGUGCAGCUGGAGUACGGCGAGAGGAUAUGGUUGGAUAUACUUCAAGAAGUGGGCGCGAAGAAUACAGUAUUUAAUACAAGGCAAACAUAUUCAGACAGUUUGAUACCAAAUUUAGCUCAAGCACUGGCUGAAAAGACCGGUGAUUCUGUUGACAACAUGAUGAGAUUCUUUGGAAAGUGUUUUGUAAGAUUCUUCAGUAACCUCGGAUACGACUGUAUGAUCAAAGCGACCGGUCGCUAUUUUUGUGAAUUCCUCCAGGGAGUCGACAAUAUCCACAUGCAGAUGAGAUUCACCUACCCCAACAUGAAGAGCCCCUCGAUGUAUAUAACCCAUGUCGAUCCUCAUGGGGUUGUUCUGGUUUAUACCAGCACUAGAAAGGGAUUCACACAGUAUUUUAUGGGUCAACUUUUCCAAAUAGCCAAAGAUCUCUACGAAACUAGUCUUGAUAUUCGUGUAUUGGAAACAAGCGAUGAUCAGCCUGGAGUAAGGCGAGUCAUGGUGAAAUUCAGGAUAGACUUUGAUAACCGGGAUUACAUUGCCAAAGUUAAUCGAAUAAGGACAUCCGUCGGCCCCGAGUUAUCACCCGUCUCCGGUACUUUGCUUCUUAAGCUAUUCCCCUUCGGCAUUGUAGUAAAUCCCGAAAUGAAGUUGUUGGGUGCGGGUGAGAAGCUGUUGGAGGCGUGGGGUGGAUCGUGUUCAAUAUUGAAUAAGCACAUAAGUGAGGUCUUCAGACUGCGGAGACCCACCGGGGUAACAUUUACGUGGGCGAACGUGCGCUUUUUACACUCGGUUAUGUUUGAGUUGGAACUGAUCAGAUUCAGCGAAACUCGGGACGAAAAUCGUCCCAAGACACCUGAUCCCGACCCCGAAACUAAGCUCGUAAAACUGGAGAGAAGGGGAAGCCAAGGGAGUAGAAAUAUCCUCCUGAAAGGACAGAUGAGAUACCUCGAUGACAUCAGAGCCAUAAUUUUCCUGUGCAGUCCAUUGAUUAAUAGUCUUGACGAACUACAGAGCAUGGGAAUCUACCUGAACGAUCUUAAUUUCCACGGAUUGAGUAAGGAGAUGGUGCUCGCCGGCUGGCAACAUUGCGGAAGAUUGGAGAUGAUGUUUGAGCGCGAGGAGCAGAGAUCAGACGAACUUGAAAACAGUUAUGCACUCCUCGAUCGAUGGAAGAACAGAACUGACGAAUUACUUUACUCCAUGAUUCCACAGACUGUGGCUGAUCGAUUGAGGACCGGGGUCAGUUCCCUCAGCACGUGUGAGUCCUUCGAAUCCAUCACUGUUCUGUUCUGCGAGUUAUGUGACUUCGAUCAUACCACUAUCGAAGAAGCCAUGGACAUCGUAUCAUCAAUGAACGCAGUUUUCACGUUUUUUGACACCCUAAUGGACGAAUUCAAAGUCUACAAAGUGGAAACCGUUGGACGUGUCUACAUGGCCGCCAGCGGGGCGCCGGACCGUACCAAGCAUCACGCCAGAAAUAUAGCUGAUGUGUCAGUGCAGCUCAUCACACGGGUGCGCUCCCUUCAAUUACCCUCGGGGGUUGAUAUCAAAAUUCGAAUAGGGAUACAUUCAGGACCCGCUGUCGCUGGAAUUGUUGGCCUGAAAUUACCUCGAUAUUGCUUCUUCGGGGAUACUGUAAAUACUGCUUCUAGAAUGCAGACCACUAGCUUGCCAGGAAAAAUACACAUUUCACCAGACACUAAGGCCCUUCUGCCACCAGAUCUCUAUUACACGGAAUCACGUGGGAUUCUCUCGGUCAAGGGCAAAGGCAAUAUGGAAACAUUCUGGCUCUACGAAAAAGCCUCGAAUCCACCGAAAACUGGACCGAAGAUACUACAGCUUGUACCGAUGAAUAAAAAUAAAACAGAAUCGUUGAGCUUUCUGAAUGUCUUUAAUAACUUAAUCAUGACCACUGAUCAGAAAAUGAAAAGAUACCAACCGACUAUUUUGUAUGUCUUGCCAUCAAGGCUCCGAAUUUCACAAAUUCGGAACUUGGGAUAUCUCCAUUCAUCCCUUGAGGGCACACUCGUGAUUGGGAAGAGCGAAGAAUCUGAUUGCUCUAUCACUGGUGAGACUUUCAUAUGGUUUUACUCGCCCUCAGCCCGGUUCGUAUUAAUCGACAAACAACGCUCAUCCCCCUCACGAACAUAUCACUUCACUUCGGGGAGUCAACUCCCCCGAUCCUUUCCACCCUCGGCAUAUCCAGCGCACAUCAUGUUCUCCGUUAUUUUUCUGGCCGGAUAUUUGGUGGCACGACAGGCAGCAUUCGUCAUGAUGGGUACCACGACUUCCUGUAAAGUGUCGGAAGUAGAACCUGAUUCCACCGUAGCUCCCCAACCAACCCUCGAAUAUUAUCCUGCCGUCGAUCUUUAUCAGGGCAAUGUCAUUGUUGUAGUUCGCUGUCGAGUAGCUGCCGUGUUUAAUUAUGUCAGCUACUCGCUUAUCAAUCUUGACAGACGAAUUUCGCUGAGUGGAAUCAUCCAAUUGUUCAAAAAUCGGCUGUACCCCAGGCAAUGCAGAAGCCUCGCCAGCCGGUUCCUUUUCAAUGUUAUCAGCAUUUAUAUAGAUCUCGGGAAUCAGCACAUCCUGUGGAAUAACCCGAAGUCAGUGAACUCAGGCUGUCAAAAUCACUUAAAAACCGAGCCUCCGUUGAGUUAUGGAAGGGGGUCAAUGGUGUUAGAUGAAUGUCAACACAUAUCCGAUGAUAACGAGAAGGUCACCUUCGAGCCGGCAACCCCCAGGUGCUCCCCAGGGUCAAGACCAGUCAGGCUCGAUUGUUGGUGGAAUUUCUGCCAGAUGUCCUCUGGUAACACCACUUUCGGUCGAGAUCCCGGAAUGAGAUGGCCUUCGGCGUCAAAUAAACCAGCGCUCGAUGACAGUUCGAUGAUUAACAGUGUCAACACUCCUAUUGUCCUCUUCAUAUUGCUAGCAGUAUUUUUCAAUUCAUGGCUUAAUUUAAUUUCCAUCAAAGUGAGAUAUCAAGAGGUAUUUAAACAAACGUUAUCAGCGAGUGCUGAACCACCUGCUGAAGGUGUCACGCGACCGAGCGAUAAUUAUCUAAGAUUUACAGAAGAUAUUCCGUGUUUAAAUCGAGAGCUCGGAUGGAUGGAAAUUUUUUGCACAAAAACCGAAAUCUCGGUCUGUGACCUGCGAGAUAACAGAAGCUGUUGGUAUUUUUUUUCUUGGAAAUACAAUUGUUUUAGGACAAUCACCGUGGCCCGAUGUACCUGUAAACUCGUAGUUAGCAGUAGGUCAAGGUAUAUAGGUCACAGCACCCUCAUGCGGGUGUCAACGCUGCGUCGCGAUUUGCUUCAUUGUCUUGUACGCAUGACGAAGCUGAGCCUAAAUGACGAGUUUUUAUCGUGGAGCCUUGAUUUAUAUUUGGCCAGGGUCAAGUUGGGGAAUGGACUAUGUAUGAAUGGUAGUAUUAGAUGGACUCUUGUAAAGAAAAUCGUUCUGUGCAAAAUAUACUUGAAAAUCGUUCAGAAAAAAGCUACAAAAGUGUCUCGAUUUCAUGCCAAAGUUUCUCUGACUGCGCCUGGCAGUUCAACUUAUGAAUAUUGUCAUCAUCAUCCUGCUGAGGACAACGAGCUACAUUCUAUUGCCUCCUUGCGACAUCUUCAACCUUGUGCCAUUGACGACGAUCCACAUCCUGUGACCGUUGAGCAAUUACUCCUGGACACGUACGAUCGUUUCACGGAGGUGAAACCGGGGAGUCAACACCCCCGGUCAAAUGCCUCUUACAUAGCUGCCUGGGGGGUUGAUGGAGAUGAUUUGGGGCGGAGGAUGUACACGUGUCUGAUUAAUUUCAAUAGCAAAUCAAUUUCUGAUGAAAUUAUCAGCAUGGAUAAAUUUAUAAGGCGAAAAUUAUCAUCAGAAAUUUUUAAUUUUUCAAAUAUUGAGAGGUGUGUUCUCUACAUUCUCGAUCUUGAUAAUUUAGUGUAUGCACCCAUGAUUUGUGUCAUGCACUUGGUGAAGCAAUCUCCAUCAUCUCCGUACAACACUGAUCUCCCGGACAAACGAAUAACGAAGGGUCCUCCCAGGAUGCAACUUUCAUUUUCUCUUACGAAACGCGCGACACUUUGGUACCGCAAAAAAAUCGGUGUUUGCAUUGAUGAAUGCGUGGGAGGGCGUGUAACCAAUUGUGGAGUGAACAAUGUACCAAGUGUAACUGAGCAUGGCGGCACAUCUGCCAAUGCAAACGCACCGGCCAAGGUGACGCCCCACCAGUCACGAGAGCUUUUCCCGGUUAUUAUGGGUUUCGUUAGAGUUACUAUUCUCUGUGCUUGUGCUAUCUGGUGGCUCAACGUUUGUGAGACUUGGGCGCUAACGAGUUUGUGUCCGAAAACUCAGGGUCAAAGGAAAGCUCUGAUGUUGAAGGACAAAAACAAAAAAGCGAUUGAGUUAUCUGAAAUAUACUCGGCUGCCAAUACUUUCUCCGAGAAAAAAAUAAAAGAAUAUGGGAGAUAUAGCAGACUCAUCUCACCGGGAUCCGAUAGUCCGAGACGACUGAAUGCUACCAACCGACAGUCCAUCGAUGAUGAUGAUCUAGAGCCGAUCGAGGGGGAUAAUGAUAAUGAUGGAAAUCCAGCUCCUGCCGCUUAUCCGAAGAGUCCGGAGUUUUGCAGUGAUUGCGUUUGUGGAGCCAGUAGAAGACAAAGAAUAGUUGGAGGGAAUGUUGCAAGUUACCAAGAAUUUCCCUACGUUGUUGGAAUGACGAAAGCGGGUGAAUUCCACUGUGGGGGAAGUUUAAUUACCCGUCGUCACGUACUCACCGCAGCUCACUGUUUAGCCAAAUUCGACAGUCGAGAGUUCACUCUCUACCUGGGACUCACGGAUAUUACGAGCCGAGGUCCUUACGUUGUUCGACGGAGGAUCAAGAACUGGAGUGCCCCGGAGGAUUACAAUGGCUUUACUCUGAAUAAUGACAUCGCUGUUAUCGAAUUGGACAGACCGGUAGCGCUUGAUGGGCGUGUUAAGACGGCUUGUCUCCCAGAAAAUCGUGCUAUUGACUACACAGGAUCUCUGGCCACCACCAUCGGAUGGGGCAGGACCCUUCAAGAUGGUGAAACAAGCCAAUUCCUUCGCAAAGUCCAAGUCCCUGUUCUCUCCGAUGAAGAAUGCGCCGAGUCUAGUUAUCCCGAUUCUCGCCUGACUGACAACAUGUUUUGCGCUGGAUAUCUUGAAGGGGAACGAGACUCUUGUGGGGGUGAUAGUGGCGGUCCUCUAUUGGCUCAAGCCCCCGGGGGUCAUCUAGAGGUUAUUGGACUUACAUCUUUCGGACAUGGUUGUGCCCAACCAAGAUACCCGGGUGUCUACACAAAACUGACGAACUUCCUCGGAUGGCUGAGAGACCAACUAGAAGGUGAAUGCAUCUGCCCAUCCCCUGGUCAACUAUAAUCCGACGCCCUAGGAUUCGCUAUUAAUGACAAUCUAGUCUCAUUUUAAAUAAGUUUAGUCUAACGGAAGACGAAUGGAGAUUCUGUGAUUACUGUGGUUGAUUGAUAGUUAAAAAUGUUACCAAUAAACCUGUUCAACAAUUCAAUCGCUCGUCUCAUCGUAAAUCUCUCCAAAAAUGAAUGAAAGAUGGGAUCGCGGCAUGACGGGGGCCUUCAUGAUGCACA